AUGGCUAGUGAUGAUCAGAUCAUUAAUGUCGUCGGGGAUCGAUUUUGUGUCCCUUACACAAUGGAGCUUCUUGUCAAGAGGAAGAUACAAUCAUUUUCUAAUACACACUACGAUGUGUUUGAUAUUACUGGAAACGUUCUCCUUCAAGUCGAUGGCGGUGUCUGGAACUUCCAGAAGAAAAGGGUCAUGAAAGAUCCUGCUGGUUUGCCUGUCAUCACUCUUCGCCAAAAGCAAGCAUUAUCCUGGAAACAGCAAUGGUUAAUUCAUCAAGGUGAAAGCUCAGAAAUGAACCAUUUUCUCUGCAGUGUGCAUCAAUCCAAUGCUGUCCAGAUCAAAAACAAUCUUGAUGUUUACUUAGCAAGCCCGUUCAAGAAAGAUGGUCGUGAUUUUCGUGUAACUGGAAGUUUAACCUCCCUCUCUUUCAAAGUUCGCAGAGGCAAUUCAAUCAUUGCAGAGGUUAGCCACAAUUUCACAUGGGGAAGCUGCGAGGGCAAAGAGAGUUUCAAGAUAAAAGUGUAUCCAGAGGUGGACUAUGCUUUCAUUGUAGCUUUGGUGGUGAUUAUGAACGAGAAUGACAAUGCAUAAUCUUCAAUCGAUAAGUUUGCUUAUUUCUUUUAUUCCUCCAAAGCUUGUAUGAAUUCUCUUCUGCCGUGCUGCGUAUAUAUGCACAACCUAAACCAAACAGAGCCUCAUAUUCCAUUUUGUUUGUCUUUUCCCCCAUUUGAGUUGGGUCUCUUGUUUGCUUCAUGAACUGUGAUUCGGUGAUAAAUGGGAAAUCAGUACAGGCCGAAACCUAUGACUUAGCAAAUUGGGCUUUCAGAACAGGUUGGGAAAAGGGAUCCAGUUUCUUA